CCAAGGGAGAACCUCGCUAAUAUGGGAAAACUCGUAUUUACACUGUUUUUUAUUUUACAAAGUCUCGUAAUAAGUUACAGUGAUACGUUUGACGAUGAAGCUACAGUGUCAAUCGAAGAUUUUCCGGAAUACGCUGUGCCUAGACACUGUGCAGAAUUUUGUGCAGAAAGUGUUCGAGAGAAGAGACUUGUUGGAACUCCAGGGAAGAGCAGAGUCAUCGACGCAAUGCUCAAUACACCGACGCUGCAUUUGAAUCCGGAGGCGCCUGACAUUUUGUCCAUUUUGAGAGACAAAUACGAGUUACCUAAAGGUUUCCAAGGACCGUUAGCCGAAUACGACUUCAUCAUAGUGGGCGCGGGCUCAGCUGGCAGUGUGCUGGCGUCGCGACUCAGUGAGGGAAAACAAGCUUCAGUGCUACUUCUGGAAGCUGGGAAACCAGAGUCCCUAUUUACCAACGUACCGGUGUUAGCCCCGUUCUUUCAGCAAACUGAAUACGUUUGGCAAUAUUUGAUGGAACCUCAGGAUGGAGUAUGUAUUGGAAUGGAGGGCGGGAGGUGCUUCUGGCCUCGAGGGAAGGCGGUCGGCGGCAGCAGCGUGAUCAACUACAUGAUCUACACUAGGGGCUUGCCGGCGGAUUGGGACGGAAUCGCUGCGAACGGGAACUAUGGGUGGUCAUACCAAGAAGUGCUACCGUAUUACAUGAAGUCAGAAAGAGCAUAUCUGAAAGGGUUGAAAGACUCGCCAUGGCACGGGCGAGACGGGGAACUAGCAGUUGAAGAUAUACCCUUCCGGUCCAAACUGUCGAAAGCAUUCUUAGACGCUGGCAAACUACUAGGCCACAGAAGAGUGGACUACAACAGCCCGGACUAUUUCGGGUUCAGCUACAUCCAGGCUACCAUGGCCCGCGGGAGGCGCUGCAGUACUGCCAAUGCUUUUCUUCAUCCACAUAAGAAAAGGAAGAAUCUACACAUACUACACAGUACCCGAGCAACUAAAGUAUUAAUAGAUCCUGUAACUAAGAGAGCUUACGGUGUGGAAUUCCAUAGAAACGGGCAAGUCUAUCAAGUCGGAGCAAAAAAAGAAGUAUUACUAUCCGCUGGUCCAAUCGAAUCUCCACAUUUACUAAUGCUAUCUGGCAUAGGUCCAAAACAACAUCUAGAAUCAUUAGGAAUCCCAGUCAUACAAGACUUGAGUGUAGGCAAAACUCUGUACGAUCAUAUAUCGUUCCCUGCUUUAGCAUUCACGGUCAAUACAAGCAGACUAACUAUUGUUGAGAAAAGAGAAGCUAGUAUACAGAAUGUUAUACAGUAUGAUCAUUAUGGUGAUGGUCCAAUGUCUUCAAUAGCCGGAGUGGAAACCAUCGGUUACAUUAAGACGAAUGAAUCGGAGGAGCUAGGCGAUUUACCGGAUAUAGAACUAUUAGGCGCUUGCGCCUCUUUAGCAUCCGACGAGGGUAGCAUCGUUGCCAAAGGAAUCCAUUUAGCAGGCUGGUUGUACAACGACGUGUACAAGCCAAUAGAGGGCGUAGAAAGUUUUAACAUAUUGUUUAUGUUACUGCAUCCUAAAUCAAAGGGCUAUUUAAAACUGAAAUCGAAGAAUCCGUUUGAACAUCCAAAAAUGUACGGCAACUACCUGACGCAUCCAAAAGAUGUAGCUACUAUGAUCGCGGCUAUCAGAUAUAUAAUUAAAUUAGUAGAUACGCCUUCAUUCCAGAAGUACGGAGCCACUUUACAUACGAAGAAGUUUCCGAACUGUAGACAAUACGAGUUCGGGAGUUAUGGCUACUGGGAAUGUGCUGUGAGAACGGUUACGUCGACACUUCAUCAUCAGAUAGCUACUUGCAAGAUGGGCCCACAUACGGAUCCAGGUGCUGUAGUGGAUCCAGAACUACGCGUGUACGGAGUGAAUAACUUACGGGUAGUGGACAGUAGUGUGAUACCAAGGACUAUAGUGGCGCAUACAAACGCACCCGCCAUCAUGAUUGGAGAAAAAGCUGCUGAUAUGAUUAGGAGAACUUGGGGGAUGAUUUAGACUUUAAUUAUUUAUUAUUUUUACUUUUUGACUUUAGUACAAUUGUCUAGUACUACAAUAUAUGAUGAAACUGUCUCCAGAUCCGCCGAAAAAACGGAAAACGAAAAAACCGGAAUACCAAACUAUUACAUGAGCACAUGUGAUGAGCCAUAUUUAGCCAGAAACAUGUCUCUAAUCUGUGAAUGAUAGCGUAGCCCCGACCGCCUAAAUGCAUUACAUAGAGCUAUGUGUAUCUCUCUGUUACAUCUCGACGCUUUACUAUUUGAAUGGAAAUAUGCCACUGCCACUCUAACAAUAGAUCUCCACUGAAUCUACUAUAGUAUGCAGUAUAAGUAUUUUAAGUACCUAUACCUAACAUAAUACCUAAGUAUAGUACAAACCAAUUGGAUUAUUUCAUUCAUAUUUUUUUUAAUUUGUUAGAUAUGUCUUUGUUUGUAAAUUUUAAUUUUGUGUUUGUAUCAAUUUACCACUGGGUACUCUUCACUGUUUAUGAUAAGGGACUUCCCUAACCUCGGGCAUAAAUGUGUCAAUCAUGAGUCAUAAAUUGUAGUAUGUUUGGUCACAAUCUAGAUAAGUGACAAUUUAUGUACAAAUCAGAUACCAGGAAUUCACAGAUCAAUGAAAACAUGAGUAAACAAGAUAAUCCCUAUCAGGUAGAAAUAUUUGCUCAAUUUAAUUUUGCAAUUGGUGUGUACUUGUAUAAGAUAAGCUUAUAAGUAGUUAGUAUGUAACUUUGUAAAUUUAGCUGUAAGCUCCCCAAAUAAAAUAAAAUAAAUAAAUAAGUGCAAGAUUACACUACAAACUGACUGAGAGUACUUGUUAUUAGUUAUUAUAGAUGAUCAUGAAGACAUAACCCUACUCUUGCUGUUGUACAGUUGGGUAAUUUU